AUGUCAAAGUGUGGAAUCACUGAGGAAGUUGAGAUGAACUUAUUAGAGUUGAAGCAGAUCUUGGGUGAUUCGCUACCGGCAGACUUAAAUACGGACUUGAACUUGAAGCGCUGGCUGAAUGGCUACCUACUUCUGACUUAUGCUGUCAACAGAAGGGUGGCAGGUUUGGACAGUCCAUCAUUGUUGGAGAACGUAUACGAAAACGUUUACGUAAAAAAACUACUUGUUCACCUGCAGAUUAGCCUGAAAUCGAUGGUCGUUAACGAGUACGAUAACUCGAUUGUUGUUGUGUGUCUUAUAGACAGUGUGAGUUAUCACGACUUGGCACGCGUUGUCACUCCGAGCGAAAUGCUGAUGUACUAUUUCGCACUGACGGAAUACUUUUUCAAGCAGGUGCUGGCUCGUGAGAAAGCCACCGGACGAAGGUCCGGUCUGACGUUUGUUUUUGAUGUGGCGAAUUUUCACGUGGUGGAUUACGUCAAUCCCCGGUCUCGCUUCAUGCAGUUGUUCUCGCUGUGUGCAUCCGUCAUUCAGGACUAUUACUGCGACGUUCUACAGCGGCUGUGCCUUCUAAACUGUGGAUACUUAUUGAAGGCAGUUCUGCAGCUAGCGAAGUUGGUGCUUGUUCCGCUGGCGUUCGAAAAGGUUAGUGGCGAAGCAUGCGAUGAUGACGAUUUGAAAUUUGACUGA